AUCUAAUAUUGAUCGUUUUAAAAUUAUAAAUGCAAAAUUGUUAAUAAUACUAGAUAUUCAAUUUGUGUUCUGGUUCCAACGUGCAGGGAAUAUUAGUGAGGUACCAGAUCACUUUAUUAGGAAACUUAUAUUGUACGUUGUUAGUGAACAAAAUUAUUUAAAGUUACCAUAAAAUUUAAAAUUUACGAUCAUUUCAAUUUGUAUUAGACUUCUAAACACUUUUUCAUAAAUAACAAAAAAAUAUUCUUAACAGUUAUCGGCAAAAUGCUUUGUUAAAUUAUUCAAAAAACCUACCCAACACUGUGAUAGUUUGCAUGAACUAUGAAACUAAUUUUACGUAUUCUCGCAUACAAAGUGGCGCCUCUACCGGAACCAUGAUUAAACUUUAGAAGGAUUUAUAAUGUAGAGGACAGAAGGAAACGUAAACUUAUUUUCAUUAUAACUAUUCAACAGUCGGAACCAAAGUGCUGAUAUACACGAUUGAAGAAUAAUAUUUAGACAAAAUGCAUUUGCCCCCACCACCUUACGCGGAUGACCUCAGUUAUUGUAAGAAAUUAUUCUGGUCACAGUUUCACUCCUAUUAAAUUAAUUAAUUACUUUAAAUAAAUGAUUGUAAGAUAUAUCGACCAAGCAUAUCAUGGGCGCAGCUGGAAUGAUCCAGGCGAGGCCCACGAUGGCUUGGUCGAGGAGUAAUUUAAGGCCACAGUUAUAUGUACAUAUAGGGAGCGGUGGCGUAGCUUAAUCAAUUGUAAAUUAAAACAGAUACUUAUUUAUUCAAUCGAAUUUUAUUUGAAGGCAAAUCGUGGAAGCAUUCUGCAUUUUUUCUCUCUUAUGUGUACAUUUUAGCAAUAAAAUAUUGAAGGAAGGUAUAGAAUGCUACCAGGGUUUGUGGCAAGCAAUGUGUGCUGAUCGUCUUGUGACGGCAAUAAAGAUAGAUUUUUAAUUCGACUAGCAAAUAUUACGAUUUUGACCUAUCGGAUCAAAGCUGUCAAGUAAAACUAAAUUUAAAACAAUUGAAUCCAAGGUUCCUGAUAACUUUGAUAACGCCCGUAAAUUGAGAUCAAUGAUGCAAAUGGCAGAUAGACUCAUGCUAUCUCGUUCUUACCGAACGAUCCUUCCUACUUACGUUUCGUCCGCCAUUUUCAUAUGAUAUCUUUAUUCACGGCUGUUAUACCGAUGUUGAUAUCGGUUUUGUAAAGAGAAUUAAAAAUCUUUCUCCAAAGGUGUGAGUGUACACAGGUAUUGAGAUGUAAGAGCGAUUAGGAUAGUUGCAUUUGCCAAAAUAAAUUCUCCCAUCACUGUUUAUGUGUUUCGUUUGUAAUCAGUCAAUUCCAACCAUUAUUAUUAUUAUUACUACCCUUGUGGUUCUUGUUAAUUUUAUUUCGGGAGAAAGUAGGGUUUUCCUCUCCCACUACUAAGCCUAAAUACAACUAAAAGGUUUUUAAAUUUGAGAGUAUCGAUACGAUGUAUGGUAUCAUAAUUUAGCUCAAAGAUCUCAAUAAAACAAAAAUACCAGAAUAAAAUAGAAUAGAAUAGAAAAAAUACCAGCAUUUCUGUUAAGUUCCAGUGUGAAAUCUCUACAUUAUAUUUAUGUCAUGUCAAUGAACCGGAGACAUAAUAAUUUGCUAUGGCACAAUAGCACAUUCCCCAUUCUUUUGUUUCUUAAAUAUCUAUUUACCUACCUUGAUUCAUAUUGUACAUAAAUUCAUGUUUGUUAGUUAUUUAAACUACCUAAUGAUAAUGAAUGGGCCAUUGUUGACACAGGAGUGAUCAGUUUAAAUGAGAUAAUAGACGCAGAGUCGCCCAGUUGGACCUUGGCAGUCGCUCGCCGGACGACUAUUCUAUACAUAGGCACAUCAACUAACUACUUUGUAAACUAAAGCGCCCAGUUGCAUUCUAAGCACCAUACGAUGUCGCGACAUCUAGAGGUUGCUAUAUUCGUGUGGUAUACAACUGUGUUGUUAGUUUCAGCUAAACCUAAACAGAAUGUGGUGAAAUCAUAUUCGGAGUUGCACAAAUGUGAGCUCAGCGAAGAGCUUAAGACUGAGAUAGCAUCGUACGACAGUGUGGUGAAUGAUAUUAUAGAUUUUGCAGUUUCUGGACCGUUUAAGGGCAGGGCCUAUAGUGAACUAGAGAGAUUCAUAGACACGUUCGGCCCGCGCCCCUCAGGCAGCGAUGUGCUGGAGCGAGCCAUCGACCACGUGAUCAACAUCACGCGCGCCGAGGACGUCAAGGAUGUCUACACGGAGGAAGUUGAGGUCCCCCACUGGGUCCGCGGCCAUGAGUCAGCGGAAUUACUGGAGCCGCGCCGCAAGUCACUUUCUCUCCUGGGCCUCGGCACCAGCGUCGCCACCGCUCCUGACGGAAUCACCGCUGAGGCCAUCGUGGUCACCAGCUUCGACGAACUAGAUGCAAUGGAUAACGAUAAGGUUAAGGCAAAAAUUGUAGUCUACGACCAGCCUUAUGUCUCUUAUGGGGACACAGUGAGGUACCGGUCUCAGGGUGCCUCGAAAGCGGCAGCUAAAGGAGCAGUCGCGGCCUUGAUAAGGACUAUUGCACCGUUCUCGAUAUAUUCCCCUCACACUGGCAUGCAAAGAUACAGCGAUAACGUGACCAAAAUACCGACAGCCUGCAUUACACUCGAAGACGCAGACUUCUUAAGCAGACUUUAUAAGAACAAAGAGAAAAUCGUCAUCAAACUCGUCAUGUCCAGUACGAUGGACACAAAGACGUCUCGAAAUACUCUGAUAGAUGUGAAGGGAACGCAACACCCCGAGAAGCUGGUGAUAGUGUCGGGCCACAUCGAUAGCUGGGACGUGGGUACGGGCGCCAUGGACGACGGCGGCGGCAUGAUCGUGAGCUGGGCGGUCCCUAUCAUCCUGAAAGAACUGAACUUGCGACCGAAAAGGACCAUCCGAUCCAUAUUCUGGACAGGAGAAGAGCUGGGUUUAGUCGGCGCCUUUGCGUAUGCCAAGAAGCAUAAACUGGAAAAUGACAACAUAAAUUUCGUAAUGGAAUCUGAUGAGGGGACUUUCAAGCCUUUAGGAUUGACUGUCGGAGGCUCGCAGCACGCUCGUUGUAUCGUCGCGGAAGUUCUGAAGCUAUUCUCGUCUAUAAACGCGACGGCGUUGGUCGAGGAAGACUCUCCCGGGUCUGACAUAGUGGCGCUAGUGUCGCAGGGGGUGCCUGGCGCGGGGCUGCUGAAUGCCAAUGAGAAGUACUUCUGGUUCCACCAUUCUGAGGGAGACACUAUGAAUGUGGAGAAUGCUGAGGAGUUGGACCUGUGUGCUGCGUUUUGGACUGCAGUCGCGUAUGUCAUCGCGGAUAUGUCUGUGGAUAUACCGCGGAAGUAAAUGGU